AUGGCCUACUAUGACGAUGGUGGAAACGACUCGCAGCCAUUCGGCAGGAACCAGGGUGGGAUCCAAGGACCUCGUCGACCGAGGCUGGUAACCGAUUAUGGUUCGUCGAUGGUACAAUGGAUGCGCAACCGGCGACCAAAAUACCAGGGAGGCCAUCGGAUGGAGAUGGAGAGGCCAAGCGCCAGCUAUAUGGUGGAUAUGCUGCCUCCCCUGGCACGAGUACACUCCCCCGUCGAUUCGAUUCCCGUGCGACAUCUACACCAGUCUAUCGGAAAGUCGAAAAAGCCCAUCACAGUCGUCAGGUGGACUCCGGAGGGAAGACGUCUCUUAACUGGCGGACAUACUGGAGAGUUCAUGUUAUGGAAUGGCACGGCGUUCAAUUUUGAGACAGUUAUGGACGCACACUAUGAUCAACUGCAAGCAGGAGUUACGUCGUUAGCGUGGUCGCAUAGCAAUGAUUGGUUGAUUUCAGGAGGACAAAAAGGCGAUGUGAAGUACUGGCGGCCAAACUUCAACAACGUCGAGACAAUAGACGAUGCACAUCACGAUGCCGUCCGCGAUCUAGCAUGGUCCCCGAGCGAUACAAAAUUCCUGUCGGCCUCCGACGAUACGACACUUAAGAUUUAUGACUUUACGGCGAGAACAUGCGACACUGUCCUGACCGGGCAUAACUGGGACGUCAAGUCGUGCGACUGGCAUCCGACAAAGGGCCUGCUCGUGUCGGGAUCGAAGGAUCAUCAGGUCAAGUUUUGGGACCCCCGUACCACCCGCUGCUUGACGACGCUUCAUAGUCACAAAAACACAGUGACCGCUACGAAGUUCUCGAGGGUGAACAACAACCUUCUCGCGACGUCGUCGCGCGACCAGACUGCGCGCGUAUUCGACCUCCGCAUGAUGCGGGACAUCUGCAUUCUCCGCGGCCAUGAAAAACCAAUUUCUACCCUUACAUGGCAUCCAAUCCACGGCUCUUUGAUCUCGACUGGUAGCGAAGAUGGGUCUUUAUACCAUUAUCUACUCGAUGAGCCCAAUCUACCAGCAGGCCAGAUGCCUACUGUCGCCCCUUACGACAGCCCCGACCCAGCAAACACCCCUGCUCAGGUCAUCUUUCCAGCCCACCGAGUACAGUAUGCUCAUGCUGCUACUAUUUGGACUCUCGACUGGCAUCCUCUUGGUCAUAUCCUCGCUUCUGGGUCGAAAGACAAUUUUACGCGAUUUUGGUCUCGAGCGCGACCCGGAGAGAUAAGUUACUUGAAAGAUAGGUUUCACAUUGGAGAGGAGGCCGCGGAAGCUCAGGGGACAUGGAGCCGCAACUUUGGAAGAAGACAAAUGCGUGAAGAGGAGGAGCAAGAAUUACAAGACGAGGCGGACAGCCUUGUCGACCAAAGGAAGGCUCCAGGGACAGGUCUUCCUGGUAUACAGAGCGCACCUCAACCGGACGGGAUGGGUUCUCUGCUGCCAGGUAUUGGCGCGGCCCAACCUCCACCUCCACCAGGACUAGCCGCCUCCAUGGCUCCAGGCAAUGCUUUCCCUCCCAACCCUGCUUUUCCCGCAUUUCCUUUUGCGCCACCGUUUUCAGGAGCUCCUCCUGCCUCCGGUACACCACCAAUGAAUCCGCCCAACGUCGACCUAGCAGAGCUUCAAAAGCAGCUCGCCGCGCAGGGAAUCAAAUUACCACCGGGCUUCCCACACCACUUCGCUCCUGUGUCUGCGCCAAUGGGCGGCGGCGGGCUCCCUGGGUUACAGGGCGGUUAUCAUCCAGACAACAACUAUGGACGGUGA